AUUCGUUAAAGGCAUCUUCCCUGCUGUCUAAAUGAAGUGCAACCAUCCCGUGCAACUUUUUGUGAUUGUACUUUUUCUAUCAGUCAACAUUGUAAUAUUUCCGACGGUCGUUGAACGCAGCAUUAUUAGGUGCACGGCCCUUCUUCCGCUGCGUCAGUUCCAACAUGGCGGCGCCCCAUGCCGUGGCCGGAGUUGAGGGAGGCAGCGGUGAAACAGGGCUGAUUCUGUCAGAUUCACCCACCGGAGACGUGAAGAGACCUCAGUUCGGGACACGUUUCCUCACCGACCCGCGGCAGGUCUUCCAGCACAACGCAUGGGACAAUGUGGAGUGGACGGAGGAACAAGAAGCAGCUGCUAAGAAGAAAGUCUUAGAAAACAGUCAGCCACUACCUCCAGAGAAACAAGAGGAGUACGACAGCCGGGCCAACGAGUAUUGGAAUGGUUUUUACACAAUCCAUGAGAAUCAUUUCUUCAAAGACCGUCACUGGCUCUUCACAGAGUUCCCAGAGUUGGCCCCACAGUGUGGCCUGAACCAUGAAUCCCAUCCUGAAAUCUCUGGCACAGGUGACGGUCAGCAGGACAGUCUGGAUCAAGAACAAAGCAGGGACCUUGCUGCUCGGCCUCAGACCGAUGGUGACUUUCCUGGCUCCUCUGCCACAUAUCGCAUUCUGGAGGUUGGCUGCGGUGUGGGGAACACGGUGUUUCCAAUACUGAAGACCAACAAUGAUCCGGGACUCUUUGUUUACUGCUGCGAUUUCUCCAGCACGGCUGUGGAGUUAGUCAAGACUAAUCCAGAGUACAACCCUGGGCGCUGCUUCGCCUUUGUUCACGACUUGAGUGAUGUGGAAGCCAAUUACCCUGUCCCAGAUGAAACCCUUGAUGUUAUAGUGCUAAUCUUUGUGCUAUCAGCACUGCAUCCCAACAAGAUGCAGGCAUCCAUCAGUAGGUUAGCACGGCUCCUUAAGCCCGGGGGGGUGAUGCUGCUCAGGGACUAUGGACGCUACGAUAUGGCGCAGCUCCGCUUCAAGAAAGGGAGGUGCCUGUCAGAAAACUUUUAUGUCCGAGGUGAUGGAACAAGAGUAUAUUUCUUUACCCAAGAUGAGCUUCAUAAGCUGUUCACUGAGGCUGGACUUGAGAAAGUGCAGAACCUUGUGGACAGAAGGCUACAGGUGAACAGAGGGAAACAGCUUACCAUGUACAGGGUGUGGAUCCAGUGCAAGUAUCGCAAGGCUCUAGCUCAGCCACCUGAAACGCAGGACUGAGACAGAGGACAGAAUCCACAUGGCUUGACCUUCAACCACAACUGAAACUAGGAGCUGAAAUCUAGGCGUUGCUGGCUUUUUUUCUGAGGAUGUAUGGAACUGAGAAGCUCUAUUGUGAUUGAGAUAAAGGGAAUGCAACUGGAUAGCUAUAUGCUGUAAAGACCUUAUACUCUCUCAGCUUCUAUAACGUUGAUGAACUCAUUUGAAGGCUAGUGUUCCUGAUGGUGCUGCAAUCCCAGCUACGAUUUCUCAUUUUCCGCUGACAAGUUCAGUAAUCUGAGAAAGGGCUGGUUACUCCAAAACGAAUGUCUCUAUUCUGCCAGAGACUGUUUUUAAUGAGCUGAUGUUUUGAUAUAAAUUGCAUGGUUUUAAAGAACAUUUAAUUACCUUUUUUAUACACGCAAAAUGAAUAAAAAUCUAAACUGUA